AUGUCUUCUACAGAAACAGUCACUAAGGCCGUCUCAACCCUCUCCAUCGAGAAGCCUCAAGUGCAGAAUGGCUUCAAUGGAAAGGAUAAGAUUGAGAAUCCUCCCCAGGUCCAAUUCAACGGCACCACUAAAAGUGGCAAGAAGUUGAAAAUUAGAACCUACCCCAAGUUUGAUAACCUUGAGGAUGAAAGACUCUACCGAAAACAACAUCUCGCAGCAGCAUUCCGGGUCUUCGCCGACCGUGGCUUCGAUGAGGGCGUCGCCGGGCAUAUCUCCGUCCGCGACCCCAUCUUGACCGACCACUUCUGGCUAAAUCCGCUUUCGAUGCAUUUCUCACUGAUUAAAGUCUCGGACUUGAUCUUGUGCGAUGAGGAUGGUAAUGUGGUGGAGGGGUCCGAGCCCGUUAACGCAGCCGCCUUCGCGAUCCACUCACAAAUUCACAAGGCACGGCCCGACGUGCAUGCUGCAUGUCACGCGCAUAGUGUACACGGCAAAGCUUUUUCCGUUUUCGGUCGCGAGCUCGAAAUGAUUACUCAAGAUGCGUGCCGCUUCUACAAAAGUCAUGGAGUAUACCGCGACUUCCGAGGCGUAGUCCUCGAUAGCGAAGAAGGGAUAAGAAUCUCCAAAGCCCUUGGAAAUGGAAAAGCCGUGAUUCUUCAGAACCACGGCUUACUUACCGUUGGUGGAAGUGUUGAUGAGGCGGCUUUCUGGUUUAUUAGCCUUGAGAGGACUUGUCAGGCUCAAUUACUAGCCGAUGCAGCUUCCGUCGCGGGGUAUAAGAAGAUCCCCAUCGAUGAUGACGAAGCGGCGUAUACCUCACUACAAGUUGGCGGCCCGGAUAAGGGGUGGCUUGCUUUCCAGCCAUACUACGACGAGCAACUCGCGAAAACUAAGGGCGAUUUCUUGAACUAG